UAGGUGAGGUAUAUCAUAACAGGUGUUGUGGUAAUGAUGACAGCCGAUCUGUAUCUGUAUGACUAUAUAGUGAGAGCUGUGGAACGAUAUCUCAAAUGCAUGAUAUUACACCUUCUUGCCCUAUCUUUGGCGACUGUUUGCAUAAAAAGAACCAUGGUAGAGUUAAUAGAAAAUACAACGGACUCUGGUGUCGGCUCCACUGACGAAGGAAUGCCCAUUUCCCAAUGCUAACGCGACCAGGAGUCUUGUAGAUCAGCUCUGCUCGACAUGUGACAAGGCAAAAUGCACCGGCCUGAACCCAGAAAGAGCGGUUCUAAACCAUACAAGAUUCCCUCCAGCUCGUCCAAGUGCCAGCAGAGAGAACAAGGCAACCUCCAAAUCGCUGACGAUGCUUGGGUCAAUAAGUGGCUUGAUGAACCUGCUGUUGCUGAAAAAGGAGCUGAGUGCGCGGCAGCACGGAGUGUAAAGCUCGGGGAAUAUAUGCAGACCUUGCUCAAAGCAAAAGAAAUUCGAGAGUCACUGGAACAACUUACAGAAUCCCAAACUGGAAGCGAGCGCCACGACCCAGAACUGGCAGAGAACCUUGAACAGCGGGUGCACGCUGAGCGGGAAGAGCUGCGGUCUUUAUUAGCUAAAGUAACAAACAAAGAUGUCCUCAGAAAUGUUAAAUACCGUCUUGGAAAGUUACGUAGAAAGAAGCGCUGGCAAGAGAAGCGGCAGAAGACCUUACGAGAGAUUCGGGAAGAAAGAUUGCGCAAUCGAGAACGUCUGCACGAAGAGACUGACUUGUGGCUCGCACGACGCCGUGCAGAAGAAGCCCAGCUUCUCGAUGACGCUGAACACGCGAAACAGUUGGAACAAAAGAUUAAAGACGCCCGCAUAGCAAAACGCAAACAUGAAGAUAUUGUGUCGUUGCUCCAAGCGCUGGAGCGCUUGCGAAAUCUACGUAGAGAUAAAGCCAAAAAGGCUGGUGAGGUCUUCCCUGAAGAAGAUGACGAGUUCUUUCGUAUGGUAGAGGAACAAAGUACAGCAACUGUCGGUGGUGAUGAACAUGAGAGCACUCCGCAGGAGGAUGAAGAAGCCCCAUCAAUUCGCAUAGUAAGGCCUUCAGGCUUUGAGGUCAGGGAUAUAGAUGACCUAAUUCGUGUCAGACGUCAAUGGGAUAACUAUAUUGUACCUGCCGGUACGCCGGGGGGUUCGCGAGUUCCACAACACUUUGUAAUACCUGGGCCACCUUCCAACGAGGAUUGGGCGGGCUUUGUGACGGGGGGUUCAUGAUUUGUGAGCGUUGCAGUUGGUCGUAUUCUUAAAUACGCUGGUUACCAUUGCAACCACUGAACCUUGUGCACAAAAACGAUCUGAUCUAUUGCCUACUCGUCACUUUUGUUUUCUCUAUCUACAGCUGCUAGUCUUGACUGAGCCACCUCGAUCAGAACUUCUAUGUGCUCUAUCUGUUCGAAAACGGACUUGAGCUCCCCCUGCGCCCCUCUCUGACGAGUCUUCAAGUCCGCUAAUUCCUUUUUGCGCUCUUGCAUGAUUUUAUGUUGUUCUUCAAUUUCAGCCUAGAGGUAAAAAAUAGCAUUCAGACUCCAUUCGAGGACUUUUGCUUGUUCUCACUAGACACAUUACAUUGAUCUUCC